AAAGGCAAGCAACAAAGAACUCAGUACUAAUACAGGGAGAAAACAUUACGAGAAUCGACGUUUUAGCAGGAUUGCAGUUUUUUAAAGAUCUUAAGAAGGAAGAGAAAUGUAUAAACUCGACCUUCCCGUAGAUAUGAAGGAGAGCGCUGCCAUAGAGAGGCGACGGAAUCGAGAAUUGCAGCGCCAAAGUAGGAUUUUCAACGCUCGUGUUCGAACCAUUGGGAUUGACUUGAAUGCACUCAACGAGCAAGUGCAAGAUCGUACACGACGCGAAGUUGAAGAGGAGAGGCGACAUAAUGCGUUCGCUGCUGACAUGACAAGAAACGAUAAAAUCACUGUCUUGCUUCAGAAGCGUCAGGAACAUGACAUGCGUGAGUUGAAUAAGGCUGUGAAUGAAUUCCGUCAAUCUUACCAGCAGCCAUAUGAUAGACGUGAAUUUGACUUGAAUGAUCCGGAUAGUUUGAAGAAAGACAAACCUGCCAGGGUAUCUGAUGAUGACCCUCGUUGUGGGGUGGCAUCACUUCAGAAGUUUGUUGGGGAAGAUUUGAAUGGCAAGGCACGUGAAAAGUUACAGCAAGAACAAGCACGGGAAUGGAUCAAGCAACAAACAAAUGAGAAAGAUCAAGCUUUGGCAAAUCAGACGUAUGCAGACCAUCUUUAUGAUUUAAAGGCAAGAGAAAUGGACCAAAGAGCUUGUGAACUUGCCAGUGCUGAAGCAGAUUGCAGGCGUGCAAUAAAUAUGGCAACUAAAGAUAUGAAUCAAGCUUUGGCAAGAGAAAGGAAGGCUAAAGAAGAUGCAGAUAAACAACAGGAACAAGAUGACAACUUUACUGAAAUAUCAAACUCUGUGUUUGGUGACGUGUUGACAGAAAAUCCUGAUGUGGCCCAGAGUGCCUUUGGACCUCACAGGGUGAUCACUGAUCGCUGGAAGGGUAUGAGCCCAGCUCAACUGGCAGAGAUAAGACGUAUUCAACAAGCGCAGGUGGAGGAGAAGGAGAGACUGAAACAAGAGGAGGAAGAGCAGGAAAAAGAAUACAACAGAUUAAGGUUGACGCAAGCUAAGGCAGGAAUAAUAGCAGAACGUGGAAUUGAAAGAAAGAAAAAGGAGAUUGAAAAGGACCAGGCAGAUGAGAACAGAAGACUGGCAGCUGAACAAAGAGCCAAAAUGGAUUAUCUUGACAAAGAAGUUUACACCAAUCCCCCUACAGCAGCUUACUUUAUGCAGUAUAACACAACAAGUAGAUGAGGACCUCUCAAUACUUUAUGAAAAGCUGUAAUGAUAAUGCAUAAAAAUAUUAGGGAAACAUGCACUUAAUUGUAAACAACUUUUCCAGCUCCACAAAAUGGAAAUGUUAAGGAGUUUUAUGCAGUUGUCAAAAUUUUAUUGACAUUUCAAAUGUACUAUAUUUCCUUCUAACCUGUCUUGGUUGUACUGUACAUUUAGUUUCUAGUAUGUUAAAUUCAUUUAAUAAAGAGAGUCUGUUAUGACGUAUGACACUAAUAGAAAUGUGAUUUGUCCACCACUUAUUUAAAGGGUGUACAAAAAAAUUCUUGAGUAACUUCUUAAUAGAUGUAUAGAUUCUCCUUGCAUAUCAUCUAGUAAUCUUGUGUGAAACAGAGGGAGAAGUAGAUAGUGCAUCAGAAGCCAGCAGAAGUAUUACUCUGCACAUUCUUUUACCCCCUUGAGUCCUACGAAACACAUAUUAUUUCUCCUUACAAUAUCACCCCUAAAUCAAACAUUAAGGUCAUGAUCACAAACCAAAGAAGCUCGGAGAGUAUUAAUGUCUUACCAUUAACAACAAUUUAAAUGAACUUCAGGUCAACUUUAUUUUAAACUCAAUUUGCAUGUCUGAAAUUUGAGUUUCAUAAUCUUGAAACAAAUACCUCAAAACAACAACUGAAGCUACUUCGGAAACAUUCAAUCAUGAAAAUUCCUCUAACCACAAUAUCUCCACUAAACUUUUUAUGUACACCAUUUCAUUUAACAUAUUCACAAAGUGAACAA